ACAUCAUUCCUAGAAAGAGAGAGAGUUGAGCUUGCAGCAUCACGAUGGCCUCCUCAAUGCUGCUCCUUCUUCAGCUUCUCCUGCUGACCUCCGUGGUCUCAGCUUCUCAUCACUGGGGAGGAACCUUGAACGUUGCCUACAAAGGAAGAAACCCUGAUGGAUCGUUUAAGAUGUCCCUCCGAGCCAGAGAUACUUAUGAUGCCUGCUAUUACUACCACUACUGGUACUGUUACAACGGCAACUGUGGCUAUGCAACCACUAGAGCCAUAAAUCAAAUCAACACAAGCACCAACACACCAUCCUACAAAAGCCAAUGGUGUGAAACAGAAACUGUUGAGACAUGGAGAUUGCCCAGUGACAAGCCCUUUAACAUCAGGGCUGCUAGCUGCUGUUGGAUCUCCACGCGUAACUCAGUAAGUAACUGGAGGUUUGAUUCCCUCGUGGAUUUUGGAACAAGAUCAGACACGAGAGAACCAAAUAAAUCACCUGAUAUUGCCAUUGUUCCCUUCUUAAGAGUUCCUCAGAACUGCCCGAGAACAUACAGACUGGCUGCCUUUGAUCCUGAUGGUGACAAGGUGCGCUGCAGGUAUGGAAAUUUACACGACUACGAGUGUGACAACUGUAAUCUCCCUCCAGGCUUCCAGCUUGACCAGGAUUCUUGCACAUUGCGCUACCAGCAAACCUAUCAGGACUACAGCGUCUUUGGUUUUGAGAUGGUGGUAGAAGACUAUGCACGCAGCACUAUUGAUCUGUCCUAUUCUGAUGGAUCAAGAGUUCGCAAGCAUCCACUUCCUUCAAGGAGGAAGAGAUCUGUUACGACUACACCAGGGGGGUGGUGGACAACAACAGCUGCACCUAUUACAACUACUGCUGCUGCUACAACCAACCCGUGGUGGUGGUGGUCAACAGCAGCUGCUCCUACAACUACUACUGCUACAACCAACCCAUGGUGGUGGUGGACAACAGCAGCUGCUCCUACUACUACCACUACUACUGCUACAACCAACCCAUGGUGGUGGUGGUCAACAGCAGCUGCUCCUACAACUACUACUGCUACAACCAACCCAUGCUGCACCUACAACCACAACUGUUUCCAGUAG